AUGGCGGCCGCCGCCGCUGCCCCCCCCGAGAAGGAGCCGUUGCGGCUGGCGUGGGCGGCGCAGCUGCGGAAGGCCCAGCAAGCCGACUCGUGGGGCCAGCUGGUGGAGGCCCAGGAAGAGUACCAGAACAUGGCCGCCUCCGUGGCGUCCAAGCAGUGCAUGCCCUCCAUCACGAGCAAGGAGAAGGACACCAUGCAGCGCAUAUCAUUGUGCCUGAGCGCGCGGGUGCACGCUCUCAAGACCAUGAGCGAGAAUAUCACUGCCAACGAGAUGACGUUGCUCCAGCCUGUGGUCGAUGCACUAUUCACUGGUGCCGAGCCGGAGCAGUUCCCAAUUGCCUCUCAUAAAUAUCAGUCUGUCCAGCCUGUCAGGCCCAGUAUGGACGGAGAGAUAGUGUGCGGGGACGAAGCGUUCUCAGAUUGGCAGCAGCACCAAGAUGUGCUCAAGAAUGUCCACGGCACUGUAGUGGCCAUUCGAGUGGACAAGAUAGGAUUGAAGGAUGCCCAGGAGUACAUCGACCCGUUCAUGACGAUCCUCGUAGCGGACGACAAGGCGAACAUCUUGGACACCCACGAUAUUCCAGUGGCGAAGGGUAGGCAGCCCACGUAUUGCAUUUUCGAGCACCAGAUAUAUCUGAAUGUGUCAUUCGAGGAUAUGGAUAGUCGCGGCGCGGCCUUGUUCUUCGAGUUCAAGCACUACAAGCCGAAGAAGAAAAAGGUAUCCACCAGGUGUUGGGCCUUCAUGGAGCUGGCGGAGCUGCGGCCAGACUCGGAGAUCGUGCUGGAGUUGUACCAGAAACCUACCGACCUAAAGAAGAAGAAGCUGAAGCUCCACACCGAGAAGCAACUCUAUCUGCACCUGCUCGCCACCUUCGUGCGCUCCUGA